AUGCUCGGCCGCCAAGUAUCAUCGGCAGCCCGUGCGGCUGGCCGCACUGCGCACGCAAUGCCAAGCAUCCGAAAAUUCGCGACAGCCUCACCAGUCGCGACUGGUCGCGCCCACAAGGUCGUCGUGGUUGGCGGUGGCUCUGCCGGUAUGGCAAUUAGCCACCAGCUGCUGCAGUCUGGCAAGUUCUCCCAGGAUGAGAUCGCUAUCGUCGAUCCCGCAGAGUGGCACCACUACCAGCCCGGUUGGACGCUGGUCGGCGGUGGCCUCAAGACCAAGGAGGAAUUGCGCCGACCACUCAAGGAUCUGGCUGAUCCCAAGUUGAAGCUCUACGCCGAGAGCGUGGCCACUUUCACCCCCGAGAAGAACUUCGUCACUCUCGGCAACGGCGACAAGCUCAGCUACGAGCAGCUUAUCGUAGCCCCCGGACUGGCCCUGAACUGGGGUGCUAUCAAGGGUCUCCCCGAGGCUCUGGCCGACCCCACAGCUCCCGUUUCUUCCAUCUACGGCUACGACUCCGUCAGCAAGGUGUUCGGCACCAUCAAGAAGCUCGAAAAGGGCAAUGCCAUCUUCACUCAACCCGCCGGUGUGAUCAAGUGCGCCGGAGCCCCGCAAAAGAUUAUGUGGCUCGCCCUGGACCACUGGAAGCGCGCUGGUCUCUACGACCCAGCCGACCCGGCCAGCUCACCAAUCAAAAUUAACUUUGCCACCGGCUUGCCAGUCAUGUUCGGCGUGCCCAAGUACAACAAGGCUUUGACCGCCCUGCAACAGGAGCGCGGUGUGAACGGCCUCUUCCAGCACGACCUGGUCGCUAUUAACGGUAACACGGCGACUUUUACCCGCCCCGAUGGCCAGGAACAGGUCACCAAGCAAUUCGACCUGCUUCACGUGGCUCCCAAGAUGGGUGCACCCGCCUUCGUGAAGAACAGUCCCCUCGCAAACGAGGCUGGUUUCGUUGACGUUGACGACGGUACUACCCGCCACAAGAAGUUCGCCAAUGUCUGGUCCGCCGGUGACGCCUCGUCCCUGCCAACCUCCAAGACCGCAGCUGCUGUGACUUCUCAGUCCCCCGUUGUCGUGCGCAACUUGCUGCAGGCUAUGGAGGGCAAGGAGCCCGAUGCGAUUUACGAUGGGUACACUUCUUGCCCGCUGUUGACCGAGUACGGCAAGGUGCUCCUCGCGGAGUUCAAGUAUGGUGGUGAGCCCAAGGAGACGUUUGGCGAUUGGUUUGGUAUUGACCAGGCGAAGCCCCGUCGGUCCUUCUAUUAUUUGAAGAAGGACUUCUUCCCGUGGGUGUACUAUAAUGCCAUGGUGAAGGGUAACUGGGCUGGACCUAAGGGGUGGAUCAACUAG